GAGAACAUUUCCUCCGUUGCCCGGCGAUCGAGCUCUCUCUCCUCGUUCCAUGGAGAACUUGAGCCGGAGCUAAUUAUCCGAUCACCUACUUCCAUCGUCGGCCACCUAUAUACCACGCUCGCCCCUGCUUCCCGUACCUUGCCUGCAACGAUCGAGUUAUGUGAUGCUGUGUUCUGCAGCCCACCGCUUGCUCUGACUGACUGCAACCAGAAGUCCAGAAGCAUGGGUUGGGCGGCGGCAAUGGCCGCCGUGGCGGCGGUUCUCUGCGCCGCGGCUGUGGCGAGAGGGGAGGUGGUGGACGAGUUCGGGGCCGGCGCGUCCUUCAUCUUCGGGGACUCGCUGGUGGACGCCGGGAACAAUAACUACAUCCCGUCGCUGUCCAAGGCCAACAUGACCCCCAACGGCAUCGACUUCGCCGCGUCGGGGGGCAUGCCCACGGGACGGUUCACCAACGGCAGGACCAUCGCCGACAUCAUCGGCGAGAUGCUGGGCCAGGCGGACUACUCGCCGCCGUUCCUCGCCCCCAACACCACCGGCGGCGCCAUCCUGAACGGCGUCAACUACGCGUCAGGAGGCGCGGGGAUACUGAACGCGACAGGCAAAAUCUUCGUGAACAGGAUCGGCAUGGACCUCCAGGUGGACAACUUCAACAUCACGAGGAAGCAGCUGGACGACCUGCUGGGCAGGGACAAGGCCAAGGAGUUCCUGCGAAGGAAGGCCAUCUUCUCCGUCACCGUCGGCUCCAACGACUUCCUCAACAACUACCUCAUGCCGGUCCUCUCCACCGGCACGCGGAUCUCCGAGUCGCCCGACAGCUUCCUCAACGACCUCAUCUUCCACCUCCGGGACCAGCUCACGAGGCUGUACACGCUGGACGCCCGGAAGUUCGUGGUGGCGAACGUGGGGCCGCUGGGGUGCAUCCCGUACCAGAAGACGAUCAACCGGGUGGGCGAGGACGAGUGCGUGAAGCUGCCCAACCAGCUCGCCGCGCAGUACAACGGCCGGCUCCGGGAGCUGCUGAUCGAGCUCAACGGGAACCUCCCCGGCGCCAGGUUCUGCCUCGCCAACGUCUACGACCUCGUCAUGGAGCUCAUCACCAACUACCCCAACUACGGGUUCCAGACGGCGAGCGUGGCGUGCUGCGGCAACGGCGGGUCGUACGAGGGCCUGGUGCCGUGCGGGCCGACGACGAGCAUGUGCGACGCACGGGACAAGCACGUGUUCUGGGACCCGUACCACCCCAGCGAGGCCGCCAACGUGCUGCUCGCCAGGUACAUCGUCGACGGCGACAGCAAGUACAUCUCGCCCAUGAACCUCAGGAAGCUCUUCUCCCUCUAGGUUUCCGGGACCAUUCCCGCCUGCAACUGUAUCUUCUGGGAGAAGUGCUCAACUAAUCUUUUGGCAUGUAAUUUCGGAGUGUAUAUGUAAUGUUGGGAGCCAGUGCCUCAUUGCAGAUACGAUACGAUUCUUUUUCAUAUAUAUAAAAACGUUGAGAUUAAUUAGGAAUA